CCUGGCCACAGUGGAGCUGAGGCCACGCCCGGUCUGUGAUGUGCUGCUCGCUGAGAGCGGACCGUGAAGGCACCGUGAAUGUGGGUCACAUGACAGGCCAGCCUCUCCGACUGAUCUGAUACACAGCUAAUAAUCAUGCCGACCACGCAGCAGUCUCCCCAGGAUGAGCAGGAGAAGCUUCUGGAUGAAGCUGUGCAGGCUGUCAAGGUCCAGUCUUUCCAGAUGAAGCGAUGUCUGGACAAGAACAAGCUGAUGGAUGCUCUGAAGCAUGCCUCUAACAUGCUGGGUGAGCUGAGGACCUCCAUGCUCUCUCCAAAGAGCUACUAUGAGCUCUAUAUGGCCAUCUCUGACGAACUCCACUACCUGGAGGUUUAUUUGACUGAUGAGUUUGCGAAGGGACGCAAGGUAGCCGAUCUGUAUGAGCUGGUCCAGUAUGCAGGGAACAUCAUCCCCAGACUGUAUCUGUUAAUCACAGUGGGUGUGGUGUACGUUCGCUCCUUCCCCCAGUCUCGUAAGGACAUCUUGAAGGACCUGGUUGAGAUGUGUCGUGGUGUCCAGCACCCACUCAGAGGUCUCUUCCUCAGAAACUACCUGUUGCAGUGCACCCGCAAUAUCUUGCCGGAUGAUGGAGAGCAGCCAGAGGGAUCAGAGGAGAUGACCGGUGAUAUCAAUGACUCCAUUGACUUUGUCCUGCUGAACUUUGCGGAAAUGAACAAGUUGUGGGUCCGAAUGCAGCAUCAGGGUCACAGCCGAGACAGAGAAAAGAGAGAAAAGGAACGACAAGAACUUAGGAUUCUGGUUGGCACCAACCUAGUUCGCCUUAGCCAGCUGGAGGGUGUCAAUGUGGACAAGUACAAACAGAUUGUUCUUGCUGGAGUGCUGGAGCAGGUUGUGAACUGCAGAGACCCGUUGGCUCAGGAGUAUCUAAUGGAGUGCAUCAUUCAGGUUUUUCCCGAUGAGUUCCACCUUCAGACCCUGAACCCUUUCCUGCGCUCCUGUGCUGAGCUUCAUCAACACGUCAAUGUCAAGAACAUCAUCAUCGCCCUCAUUGACAGACUCGCUCUGUUUGCUCAUCGAGAAGACGGCCCCGGCAUUCCAGCUGAGAUCAAACUGUUUGACAUCUUCUCUCAACAAGUGGCCACUGUCAUUCAGUCUCGCCAGGACAUGCCAUCAGAGGACGUGGUCUCUCUCCAAGUGUCCCUCAUCAAUUUGGCCAUGAAAUGUUACCCUGACCGUGUUGACUAUGUAGAUAAGGUCCUGGAGAGCACUGUGGAGAUAUUCAACAAGCUCAACUUGGAACACAUAGCGACCAGCAGUGCAGUGUCAAAGGAGCUCACCAGACUGUUGAAGAUCCCAGUGGACACCUACAACAACAUCCUGACCGUGUUGCAGCUCAAGCACUUUCCACCUCUCUUCGAGUACUUUGACUACGAGUCACGCAAGAGCAUGAGUUGCUACGUGCUGAGCAACACGCUGGAAUACAACACCACCAUUGUGGCCCAGGAACAGGUGGAUUCCAUUUUGACUUUGGCAUCCACGCUGAUCCAGGACCAGCCAGACCAGCCAGCUGAUGAUCCUGACCCUGAGGACUUUGCUGAGGAGCAAAGCCUUGUGGGUCGUUUCAUCCACCUUCUCCACUCUGAAGAUCCAGAUCAACAGUACCUUAUUCUGAACACAGCCCGAAAACACUUUGGCGCCGGUGGAAACCAAAGGAUUCGCUACACACUCCCUCCUCUGGUGUUCGCUGCCUACCAGCUGGCCUUCAGAUACAAGGAAACCUCCUCACUGGAUGACAAGUGGGAAAAGAAGUGUCAGAAGAUCUUUUCCUUCGCCCACCAGACCAUCAGUGCACUUAUCAAGGCUGAGCUUGCUGAGCUGCCUCUUCGACUCUUCUUGCAGGGGGCGCUGGCUGCAGGCGAGAUCGGCUUUGAGAACCAUGAGACUGUAGCAUAUGAGUUCAUGUCCCAGGCCUUCUCCCUGUAUGAGGAUGAGAUAAGUGACUCCAAAGCCCAGUUGGCAGCCAUCACACUAAUCAUCGGUACCUUUGAGCGAAUGCGUUGUUUCAGUGAGGAAAACCACGAGCCACUGAGGACUCAGUGUGCGCUAGCUGCCUCCAAGCUCCUGAAGAAGCCUGACCAGUGCCGAGCCGUCAGCAUCUGCGCCCAUCUCUUCUGGUCAGGUCGCAGCACUGAAAAAAACGGUGAAGAGAUACGCGAUGGUAAGCGGGUGAUGGAGUGUCUAAAGAAAGCCCUGAAGAUUGCCAACCAGUGCAUGGACCCAUCGCUGCAAGUCCAGCUUUUCAUUGAAAUCCUCAACAGAUACGUCUGCUUCUAUGAGAGAGAAAACGACGCGGUGACUGUCCAGGUAUUAAAUCAGCUGAUCCAAAAGAUAAGGGAAGAUCUUCCCAAUCUGGAGGCAAGUGAGGAAACGGAGCAGAUCAACAAACACUUCCACAACACACUGGAGCAUCUUCGCCUGCAGAGGGAAUCCCCUGAGUCCGAGGGUCCUGCUUAUGAGGGCCUGGUCCUUUAAAACUAGGCAGGUUGGAAGGAUGAGAAGCCCAUCCAUAGAUGUCUCACUAUAUUAUGAGUAUAAAACUACACACACUCACAAGGACACACAAAGGCGAGGGAUAAAAAUAAACAUCAAGAAAUGCUAAAAGAACUCAGCCCUUUAUUUUUUUUAUUUUAUUAUUAUUAUUAUUCAUUUUUGGCAUCAUUUUCUCCUCACUUUCCCUUAAGAGCAGAACUAUUCUCUGCAACUGGUUGGAGAUGUUACAUUUUAAGAAAUGUGUGUCAGCAACAUUGUACUUAGCUUCGAUUUGCAAAUGUGGCAAGUCUCAGGCAUCAUUCCUUUAUGAAUUCAUACUUGACCAAUUUAUCUUUAACCUGCAUCACGUUAUUGUUGAUAGUAGACUUACUAGCUGUGAUAGGUGUAUACACUGAGUCAUCAACCCCUCACUUGUUCACAUCUUUCCAUACAGAAAAGUGGAUUUAUUAGCUGAGCGUAUAAAGGCUACAUAACAUUGUAGUUGUGUUACAGCUGUGAAACACGUGAGCUAGUUUCCAAAUCUGAAUAAUGAAUAACUCUGCUGUUCUUUAGGAUGGCUUUGUGGCACAUUGUAAACAGGAUGGCACCGACCAAGUCUAAACAAAUUGAACCACAUGAAAACUUUGGCCCUGCAGGAAUGACACAGAUACUUUUAUUCCCACUAAAAAAACAGACCAAUGUUUCGGAGUGGAGCACCUUUUCAUCACAUCAUGCUUUGACUGUGGGAACUUAUGUCAGUUCAGUUAAUGAUUGUGCCAGCAUUGCAUGAACCUCAGUUCUUACGCCAUCCCAGCUGGGCUGCAAGUUAACAACCUAAAGUCUAGUCAUUUGUAUGUGGGAAAUAUUUCAUAUUUUUUCAAAAGAUCCUAUAUCCUCUCACUUCUUAGUAGUGCUUCUUUUUGAUUCCAUCAUAAUUGUCUCUCCAUAUCAUGUGUAUUAGUUUAUAUCUGGACUUCUCAUCAAUGAAUUGACACGUUCAGAACUGCAGCAUGUAUUUGCAUGCUCUAGUAUGCUUGUACCAUAAGGCCCAAUUUACUCUACAUUGAUCCCACCAACUAUAAUGUCUGACUUUGUCAAAACAAAUUCUGUGAAAUCCUGGGGGAGCUGCAGCAAUUCCUCAGGAUUGUAGAUGCUUGACAACUUGCCAUACUGAGUACGUAACCAUGUACUGUUUGUGUGUAAAAUUUUGGAAUUAUUUGCUGCAGCAUCUGACAGUGUCUGCUGAUCUCUCUUCUUUUUAUUUUUAGCUAUUGUUGAUUUGUUGAAGACACUCUUCACCAAUUUCUCUCCCUUUUUGAAUCUGUGUGUAAACCCACUUGUAAAUCAGAUAAAGAAGAUUAAAUAGCAAAUAUCAUUGUCAUUUACUGAAAUAAAAUUGAAAUUAACAAUAAA